UUCAGUGUGUGGUUUCAACUUGUUGCAUGAUCGUUGCCGGUCUCGCGUGCUCAGACUGAGUUCGAUAUACGUUGAAAUAAAAAAGUUAUACCAGUGUCCAAAAGUGCAGAAAUAAAUUCAUUAUGCCGCAUUAUCACAAACCCGAGUCCAAAACCGUUCAGGAAUUGAAGGACAUUUCCAACAAGCUCAGAAUCCAUUCUAUCCAGGCCACGCAGGCUAGCAAGUCAGGUCACCCAACAACAUGUGCGUCAAUGGCAGAAAUAAUGUCUGUGCUUUUCUUCCACACAAUGAGAUAUAAGAUUUCCGCUCCUAAAGACGCAAGCAGCGAUAGGUUCGUUCUCAGCAAGGGUCAUGCUGCUCCUAUUCUGUAUGCAGCAUGGGCAGAAGCUGGCCUCUUCAAGACUUCAGACUUGCUGAAUCUGCGGAAAUUUGACAGCGAUCUUGAGGGUCAUCCAACACCAAGAUUGAAUUUUAUCGAUGUGGGAACUGGAUCUCUAGGGCAGGGUCUCUCGGUAGCAGCCGGCAUGGCUUACGUCGGCAAAAACUAUGACAAGGCGAGUUACCGUGUCUACUGUGUGGUUGGAGAUGGUGAAGCAGCAGAAGGUUCCAUUUGGGAGGCUUUGAACUUUGCUGCCCACUAUAAGCUGGACAAUUUGUGUGUGAUUUUUGACAUCAAUCGUCUUGGCCAGAGCGAACCUACUAGCUUGCAACAUAACAUGGAAGUUUAUCGCAAGCGUUUGGAAGCUUUUGGAUUCAACGCUUUGGUAGUCGAUGGCCACGAUGUUGAUGAACUCGCCAAGGCUUUCCAUGAGGCACAGAAUACGAAAGAACGCCCAACUGCCAUUUUGGCUAAGACCUUCAAAGGGAAGAAUUUCCCAAAUAUCGAGGAUUUGGAUAAUUGGCAUGGAAAACCUCUUGGCGCAAAGGCCAAUGAAGUGAUCGAGCAUCUGACAUCGCUUAUCAAAAAUACUGGACCUCUGGAACUUGGCCCUCAGAAACCUUUAAAGGAAGACGCGCCAAAAGUAGAUAUCACUAACAUAAAAUUAGACACCCCUCCGAGUUACAAAAUUGGAGAUUUAAUCGCUACUCGUGCUGCUUAUGGAACAGCUAUAGCAAAGGUUGCAAAGAACAACUCGCGAGUGAUUGCCCUCGAUGCUGAUACAAAAAAUUCAACAUUCUCUGAGAAGAUAAAAACUGUCGAUCCAAAGCGAUACAUCGAGGGUUUCAUAGCCGAACAAAAUAUUGUUGGUGUCGCGAUAGGAGCAGCUUGCAGAGAUAGAACUGUCGCUUUCGUCUCGACUUUUGCAACUUUCUUUACCCGAGCAUUCGAUCAGAUAAGAAUGGGAGCAAUCUCACAAACGAACGUGAACUUUGUCGGAUCCCAUUGCGGAGUAUCAAUCGGAGAAGAUGGACCUUCUCAAAUGGGCUUGGAAGACAUAGCCAUGUUCAGAACAAUUCCAGGCUCGACUGUCUUUUACCCAAGUGAUGCAGUGUCCACCGAAAGAGCAGUGGAGCUGGCAGCCAACACAAAGGGCGUUUGCUUCAUCCGAACAUCCCGUCCAAACACUGCCGUCAUCUACGAGAACGAGGAACCAUUUGCGGUUGGAAAGAGCAAAAUCGUUUGGAAAUCCGCGAAAGAUGAGGUCCUCGUCAUCGGAGCUGGAGUGACUCUCCACGAGGCCUUGGCAGCUGCCGCAGAACUCGGCAAGGCUGGAAUUCAUAUAAGAGUGAUGGAUCUCUUCACGAUCAAGCCUAUCGACAAAGACGCAAUCAUCUCGAAUGCGAAGGAAGUCGGUGGCAGAAUCAUCACCGUUGAAGAUCAUUAUCCGGAAGGUGGUUUGGGAGAGGCAGUUUUGUCGGCAGUUUCCUCGGUGCGAGAUAUCGUCCUGAAGAAACUUGCUGUUCCGGAAGUACCUCGUUCAGGACCGCCAAACAGUUUGCUUAAUGCGUAUGGCAUCAGUACACGCAAGAUUGUUGCUGCGGUUCAUGAAAUUCGCAAACUGUAAUCUUUUGCGGAAGAUUGUGGCUUCUGAAAGGCAAGAAUAAAGCACAAGACCAACGACUUAAGUAAGGAAAGCAUAAUAUGUGAUCAAAGACGCUUUAUAUUUUGUACUCGCCUGUGAAAUUUUCAUAGAGUUUAGAAAUUGUCACGAUUUUAUUUAUGGAUACCAAGUAUCCUGCACUGGCUAACCGAUUAGAAAGCUGUGUAAGAAAGCUAUUUUGUAGCUUUAUCUUUACAGUAGGGUUGAGCAAGGUUAUAAAUUUAUACUGAAUAUACGUUUAUAAAUCUUUUUGAUAAUCUAAGUGUGAAGCAGUUUGAUACUGCGAUGAUUUUUAUACUAGAAAUGUUGUUGCAUUUAUUAUCAAUUUAGUUCUUUAUGAAGCCACUGGAAGUGAAUAGAACUAUUUUCAGAAA